CUACAGUUGCCAUAGCUGGCAUUCCACACACUUCAUCUUUUGUGGACCACAACAUCCAGUAUCAGGUUUGCACAGACAACAGCAGUGCACAGGACGGGUCAUGUGAUUCUGUUCCCUCACUGGGACUGGCACUGGGCCCAAGUCACAUGUCAGUCAGGAGGGGAGUCAUAUGAUGGUAGAGGGAUUUUGGGGGGCUGUCAUGGGACAUUUACUUAUUCUUUUUUUUUUUGUGAACAGCUAAAGCUGUUUUUGGGCCCUGGUCUAAAUUAGAUUACGCCCAGUGUUCUGCAUGGGGCAUGGUUAAGAAAUGAGGACUGUUUGCAGUAUUGAAAGGCGGGUGUUGUGCCUGCUCUAGUUUCGGAGAAGCUUUAUAAUGUGAAGUUAACUUCUCCAUUAAUCUGUGGGAUCUUCUUUGCAUCUUAGCUCAGUCCUGUUGCUAAUGACUCAGUAAAUCUUCAAGUUAAUAUCAAGGUGAAGCUAGUAAGUCUGGUUUACCAAACAAAAUAUUUAAAAAAAAAAACAUUUUAAUUGAGUUUAGUUUAAUCCAAGACUUGUCUUCAUUUGGGUCACAUUUGUUCAAGAUCUUUAUUUCUCUGUGGAUAUUAAUGAGAAUACAGCUGUCAGAUAGUUAAAAGGUUAACCUGAAGAAUCUGACCUAGCCCCUCCUUGUUUUGAAGAUGUUCUGAAUGUUACCUUUCCAUUUCCCUCAGGUGACCUAUCAAGUCGUCCUGGCAACUGACCAGCCAUUGAUGGGUGGAGAGGCAGGAAACGGAGGAGAGGACAUAGUUUCCACGGCAUCUUUCAACGGAACUCCACAGGCUGUGAUUCAGAGCCCCUACAGUAAUGGAGGCAUUCGAUGCCCGGAGCCAGUUGCCUCUUUCCCAGCAUCCACUGUAACCAACGUGGCAGCCACAGGCGUGUCGGUGCAGCCUAGCAACCCCUCACUCCCACACACAGGCGGUCAGUUCUAUGUGAUGAUGGCUUCUCCUGAUGUUCUACAGGUGGGCACACCAUGCCCCCUAGCUCCUCACACUCACCCAUACCCACUGAAGCUAGACGGGCCACGCACCCCGAGAGACAAGCGGAGGAGAGCGCAACACAACGAAGUGGAGAGGCGUAGGAGAGACAAGAUCAACAACUGGAUCGUGACGCUGUCUACAAUCAUCCCCGACUGCAGUCUGGACAGCACAAAGACGGGAGCGAGUAAAGGAGGAAUCCUGUCGAAGGCAUGCAAUUACAUUGAGGAGCUACGGCAGAUUAACCACACCCUACAGGAGAGCCAUAAAGAGAUGAAUAGAAUCGAACUGGACAACGAGAUCCUUCGACAACAGUUGGAGGAGCUGAAGAAGGAGAACACCCUUCUCCAAGCCCAAGUGCGGCAAUGCGCGUCUCAGAGCAUCCCAGACGCUGUGGCCCACUGAACCGGAGCCUGACAUGACACGACCUGUGAGAGAGGCUGCAGCCAGCUGAAUGAAACAGAAAGCAUGUUUGUUUGUUUUUUCAGUUCAGCUUUUUGCUGGUUUUCCACGUGGAUGGAAUCAGAAACUCUCACACAGUGGCUGGCUAGAGCUGCUUGCCACAUUGCCCACAAUAGCAACCGUAACCCAACUGACUGUACACCUGACUGGGCAACAGUAACCCACCUGAGCUGAGAGAAUGGGCAGUCUCUUCCAGCGCAGGACACCUGAGUGACUCUUCUUGCUCAUCGACUGAUAGAUUGUUACAAUGGGAUGUGUUGUUCCAUGUAACUAUUAGUUAUUACUGUCUUGUUUUUUUUGGGGGGGGGUGCAUUUUUAUCAUGUUUAGUGUGUGUUUCCUAAUUUCUUUGUGUGUGUGUG